AUGACAAAGGUGGAGUGCCCUGGGCCUGGCUUCAAGGGUCUGAAAUGGAAAUGGAUUCAGGACCAUGCUAAGGAGCAACAAGAGCGGGAGAAGGAGCGCCUUGCGGUUGAUCAGGUUCCACUCCCGGGGCAGGUUGUUCGGUCCAACUGCCAGGAGCAACAGUCUGCAACUGACAACAGCUCUGAGCCGCCACCGAUCUCCGAGCCAUGCGCGACACACAAAACCUCUGGUGGUCAACCCCGGCCACCUUGCAGUGGGGCCAAGGCGGGGCCCGAGAAUGCGUCAGUGGGAGCUCCGGAGCCGCUGGCCCCUUUGAGUGGGGGUCAAUUCCAUCCAAGCGAGGAACGCGUCCGGGUGAAGGAAGAGCAGGUAACUGGAGAGUGA